AUGGGUCUUCUCGAGGAGGUGGCGGGACCCUUGUCCCAUCACUACUCCCAGCUGUCUACGCCGCUCCAGGUUGUCGUCUUUGUUGCCGGCCUCGUCGCCGUGUCUGUCGCCGUCAAUGUCGCCAAGCAGAUCUUCUUCAAGAACCCAAAUGAGCCGCCUGUCGUCUUCCACGUGUUCCCCUUUAUCGGCAGCACCAUCACAUACGGCAUGGACCCGCCUAAAUUCUUUGUCGAGAACAGAAAGAAGUUUGGCGACAUCUUUACCUUUAUCCUCCUGGGCAAGAAGACCACCGUCUACGUCGGCCCCGAGGGCAACGAGUUCAUCCUGAACGGCAAGCACAAGGAUGUCAACGCCGAGGAGAUCUACAGUGUCCUGACCACGCCCGUUUUUGGGAAGGAUGUCGUCUAUGACUGCCCCAACAGCAAGCUGUUGGAGCAGAAGAGGCUCAUCAAGGCUACCCUCACGACUGAGGCCUUUAGACAAUACGUGCCCAUCAUUUCGGACGAGGUCAACUCGUACUUCAAGAAGAACCCGGCCUUCAAGGGCCAGUCAGGCGUCGUGGACAUCUCGCAGAAGAUGGCCCAGCUCACCAUCUUCACCGCCUCCCACUGUCUGCAGGGCAAGAUUGUCCGCGACCAGUUCGACGAGUCCCUGGCCGACCUCUACCACGACCUUGACAUGGGGUUCACCCCGAUCAACUUUAUGCUCCCCUGGGCGCCGCUUCCCCGAAACCGCCGCCGCGACCAGGCUCGCGAGACGGUUGCCAAGAUCUACCGCGACACCAUUGCCCGGCGUCGCCAGAGCGGCGAGAAGGGUGCCAAGGAUAUCAUGUUCCACCUGAUGAACUCCACCUACAAGAACGGCCAGGCCGUGCCCGACCACGAGAUCGCGCACAUGAUGAUCGCCCUGCUGAUGGCAGGCCAACACUCGUCGUCGGCUACAUCGACCUGGAUCAUGCUGCGCCUGGCCUCGCGCCCGGACAUUAUCGAGGAGCUGUACCAGGAGCAGGUGCGCGAGCUGGGCUCGGCCGACAAGCCCCUCGAGUACGAGGACCUGGCCAAGCUCACCCUGCACGCCAACGUCAUCAAGGAGACUCUGCGCCAGCACGCCCCGAUCCAGUCCAUCCUGCGCAAGGUCACGUCGCCCAUGCACGUCCCGGGCACCAAGUACACCAUCCCCACCACGCACAACCUGCUCGCCAGCCCGGGUGUGUCGGGCAACGACCCAGAAUACUUCCCCGAGCCCGAGGAGUGGGAGCCACACCGGUGGGGGGCCGACUCGUCGCUGGCGCCCAGGCUCCCCGUCAAGAACGAGGACGAGGAAGAAAAGGUGGACUACGGCUACGGCAUGAUCAGCAAGGGCGCCUCGUCGCCCUACCUGCCCUUUGGCGCGGGCAGGCACAGGUGCAUCGGCGAGCAGUUUGCCUACCUGCAGCUGCAGGCCAUCAUUGCCAAUGUUGUGCGCCUCUUCAAGUUCAGAAGCGUCGAUGGGUCGACCCGCAAGGUGCCGGGCACCGACUACGCCUCGCUCUUCUCCAAGGCCCAGGAGCCGGCCGAGAUCUUUUGGGAGAAGCGGGAGACGGCUUAAGAAGGAUCCGCCGUCAGCCGACCUUUUUCUUGUUUCCUUGUUUAGUGUCGUCUUUCCUCUUUCCCAUAGAUAUGAUGAACUGGAGCUAUGUACAUACGAGUUAGAUGCGGACUGAUUGCACGCCAAGGAAAAAGAACAAGAACUGGACCAAUCAAUGCGGUCUUGAAUGUGUGGGGGUCAGGAAAAGUGGUUGGUGGGGGUGGUUGUGCUGCUGCUUUCCUCCUCUUUUUCCCUCUUUCCACCUUUUUAGCUUCUCUCUCUGCUCUGUAUUAUCAGAGAGUUCGGUUGGAGGGAGGUUUUGUAUAGAUUCACGCACGCACACAUGCACACACGCACAACUAUGAUAGAUAAUAAUCUCUAAUGCCUCUCUGUUGAAGG